GAGCAAUCCCAACCUUCCUCCGAGCUUUUGUUGCAAGACCGAAUGAUGGUAAAAAUUUGUACCAGCGCAUCCAGUCUUCCGAAUCCGUUCGAUGAGAUAUGUGCCCGCCGACACCCAGAAGUGAAUGAACAGGUACAUUCGGGCAGCAGAACGGAUUUGGCUAUUAGUUAAUGUACAUGAUGAAAAGGAAUGGGGUGAAUAUCUCGUUUGCUGGAAUAAGGAUCGUAUCGAGUUGUAUGAAGACUAUGUAAUUCCAGGAAAGGAGUGGCUGCUCGGUCGUAAACAUUUAGCACACUCAAUCCCUCGGCUUCGCGUAGCUACUCGCCUCUCAGUCUUCUCCUACGUCGAUAUGAGCUUCUCUCUUGUUUGUGCAGCAGAAGGUGAUAACAAGCUUCUCAAAUCUCACCGGACCACCGUAUUUGUCAUGAGGUGCUCCACACGAUCGCGAUCUAUAGAUUGGAUAUGGUCCCUUUGGCGAUUCCUGGGGGGAGUAUUCCCGGCCCAGCUGGAUGUUCAUGUCCCAGUAUUGGGUACUAAAAUCUCACUGGAUGUGCCCAGAUAUGACAUUGUGGAGGACCGUGAAGGCUUUCGGAACCUAACUCCCGAUAGAAUCAUUGAACUAUGCGAGGAUGCCCUCCGGAAUAUUUCAUCGUAUUCUGACUUGAUGAAUGCUGGAAUGAAACGUGGCGCACGUCUGGCACUCGCGUGGAGGCAUGGGAUGAAUCUGGAAUGGGCAUGGCUAAAGGAGGACAUUCAUGGUCGGCUGCGAGACUGGGCAGGUAUUUUUGGCUGGGCUCUACAGCAGCGUGGCUCUUCGGUACAGCUGGAGCUACGGCUUGCGUCUCACUCGCAGUCCAAGUUGAAAUUGACGAGUGGUUCCAUGAUCCAUGAGCCUGAUGCCAUCGAGGGCUACUUGUACCAAAUUCGGCCAAACAGCCAAAGUCGGACUGCUGUCUACGUUUCCACGCACAGUGGCAACCUCUUCACCAUGACACACUGGCAUGCUUUUCCACCUUCAGUCCCCGAGCUGCGUCCUAACACAGGCGGCAUGAAUCGGCCGAGAGCUCAAAAUGAAUUGCGCCGCGGCUCAGAUCAAGUCCUCCAUGCCAACGGCUUUCUCGAUCUCAGGGACAUACUCUCCGUGCGCAAGGCGCUUGCUCCGCUGGCCCCAAGUCAGAAGAUCGCAACAUUGGAUCCUUCGGAGCUCGGUGGUCCCAUCCUUGUGGAUGUGGACCACGACGAUGACUUGAGAGAUGUAUUUGGUCAAGAUGCGACGGGUAUCGUGGAGGAUGAAUUAUCGGGGCAGGAGGAUGAAACGGUGAGAAUGAAGAAAUCCUUUGAAAUAGUGAUGCGGACGGGUGCAGUGAUCAGAUUCGAGUUGCCGAACUCAGCCCACGAGUGGAUCACGAGGCUGAGGACCCUAGUUCGUUAUUGGGCCCAUCAUCACCGACAGAAUGCUCGAACUGAGAUGGAUUUGGAACAUUUCAAUGCUGGAAAGCCGCGCUUUGAGAAAAUCAAAAGAUCACGGCCACAGGCUUCUCGGAUCUAUUCGGGCACAUUGCCAGACGUUCAGGAGGUGUCGCGUAGGCUGAGCACUUUCUGGUCCUGGUGUGUUCUCGCUCCUUGCCGGCCUUUGAUCAAAUCCGGAAAACUGUUCGCAAAGACAAAGCCCCGUGCACACUACAAGCAUACCUUCAUGACUCUCACCGCUGGUCACAUUGCAACAUUCAGCAUCACAGCUGCCCAAUCCUGUUUCCACCAACGUUCAAGAGUCAUCAAUUUGGUAAAUUCAUACGUAUAUUCGGGUUUGUUCGCUGCUUCGGAUGCCACGCCACGCAUCGACGAUGCUUUCUCGCCCCGACUGUACCAGGAUGGGCUCGAGUCUGAUGAUUCGGAUGUCGACACCAUAUUCGUAGUUCGUUAUCAUUUGUACCACGGUGAACCGCAGCCACGGGGCGGACCCCACGCAGCAGAACGUAGCAGCUUUGGGCCUCCACCGCCACCAAGAAGCACUUUGGAGAGGGAUGCAUGGUGCUGGGCGAUAAAUACUGAAGUAGAACGCAUCGAAAGGAGCAGAAAUGAGGUCUCCUGAGCCUAAGGAGUCAGAUCUCGACAGCAAAUGAUUUCAUGGUGGCAGUUGGGACUGUCGAGUAUGAUUACAAGGCAUGGGCUGUAUUCAUCAUUCGGCAAUGAAUUAUCAGCCAAUCUUCGCCAACAAAA